AAUCCUACUUGAAAGCAUGGAUUAUUUAUGCAAACAGUUUAAAAAUCUACAAUGUUUACUAAUUUCAGAUUAUUUAAAACAUGAGAAGUUUUAUACUACUACCGCUUCACAAGAUUUAAUACUGACUACACCUGAAUUAAUGAUUAGUUUAAGAAGAAUUUGUUAUAAAUUUGGUAUUAUCCAGUCAGCGAAUCAAUUUGCGGAUAAUUUAUCAUCGAAUUAUUCAACUAUCCAGGGAAAUAUUGAUCGUUUAGAAUUAAACUUUUCAAAUUUAAUCUCUCAAGGUUAUGCAUUAUUAAAACAAUUAUAUGAUGAAUGUUCAAUAGCCAAUAUUUCAAAGAUAACAGAUAAUAGUAUUGAACUGGUAUUAUAUAAUAUUUAUACAAAAGUUAGUCAAUAUGAAAAGCAGUUGGAACCAUUUUAUGAGUUAGCGCGUCAACGGAUAGAGUUGACGAAUAAUCGAUUAAAUGUCAGUGAUCAGUUGAUUGGUUAUCGUAAUAAUUUGAAUUGUAUUAAUCCAACAAAGUAUACACAAGUAUAUCAGCCAAAAAGUUUUAGUCAAGAGAAACGACCUCAAAUGCCUAGUCGAUUUAAUAUAGUUAAUUAUAAUGAGAUAAAGUGUAAUUCUGUUAAUCAAUCAAAUGUUGAACAGAAAUGUGAUUAUGUUCAAUGGCCUUCAACAAUUCAGGAACAAGUUGGAAUAUGGCCGUAUUAUCCUGGUAAAUCAGAAACGCAUACAGCUUUUACAAAACCACAGCAUAGUGUAUCAGAAGUUCUUACAAAUCAUGGUCAACUGCGUUCAUGUACACCAGGUUAUCGAAUAAAUCCCCACUCAGAAAUUAAACUACACGGAUUUGUUAACACAAUGAAUAAAGAGAAUCAAUCAGUGGGGACAAUUGACCAAUCAGAAUAUAGACAAGCGUACAACUUGCCAGAUGGUAAAAAGAUACAUACAAGUCCAUGGAAUCGAUCAAGAGAAUUCAAUCCAAUGUAAUAUAUACACAUAUAUAUUGUUGUGAUUGUUAUUAUUAUGCUUAAAUUACUACUAAGAACUUU